GUCGCUGGUUUGAGACCCGGGAGUUCAGCUCAUCAGCCGAACUAACUCCUUGACGUCAGACAGGAGCGAAUGGACGUCCCCCCACUUCCUUCUCGGUGACGGGGAGAGACGUGUGAGGAGAUCCAGAAGAAAGGUGCCGCGGCGCUUUCAUGGUCCGGGGCUGAUGUAAGAUGAGGCUCAGCUUGAGGCUCGCCUACCUCUUCAUCUACAACCUCCUGCAGUUCUGCGGCCACACGUGGAUCCUGGCCAACAUGACGGCCAGGUUCCUCACGUUUGGACGAGAUUCCUUGGCAGACACGUUCUUCUCCAUGGGGGUGGUGAUGAGUCUCUGUCAGCUGCUGUCCAUCCUGGAGCUGUUCCACAUCGCAGACGGGAUAGAGAAAGGCCGGCUCCUGCCUCGCUUUGUCCAAGUCAUGGAGAGGAACCUCCUGCUGUUCACAGUUAUCAUCCUGCUGGAGGAAAUCCAGAGCAAGCCUGUUGUGUGCAUGCAGUUCUUCCUGUGGAAUAUUCUAGAUCUAUUAAGGUACCCCAAUGAACUGCUGUGCGUCAUGAGCACACCGUCAUUCGGCCUGCUGUGGAUGCGCUACACGUUGUGGAUCCCCAUUUAUCUGGUCUCAGUUGUGACAGAAGCCAUGACCAUUUACGAGGCUCUGCUUUACAUCGAGUCGGACCCACAGCCCACCCCCCUCGCAGCACCCGUGUCUGUGCACAGCAGCUUUGCCUCCGUCCUGAAGGCCUACCUGCCUCUCCUGGUGGUCGGGGCGAGUGUGUCGGUGUGGCAGCUGCUGAAGGAGAGGAGGCUGCAGCUGGACCGCCUGCAGAGGAAGAGUAAAAGGAAGUGAAUCUGGAACACAAGCGGCCGUCCGGAGAGCCGAGGAGCCCCGGCAGGUCCUCCCGUCACUCCGCCGGCUGGUUCUUGUAGUCUCCGGCGCCUCCUCAGGCUUGCCACUGAAACACCAGCAUGUUGUAAAAAGCAAGAAAACCUGCAAUCCUAAAGUCAUAAAGAUCAGUACUGCACGUCGCA